AUGCAAGGGUACUUGGUUGAGGGCAAGGAAAUAAAUAACGAUUUUUCUUAUGAAUGGUUAAAGGGUAAUCCUGACUUAGUAGCAAUUGAAAGAGGAAUACCUAUAAUACAUAUCAAUUCAGAAAUACAAAAAAGAGAUUUAGAAAUGGAAUUCAGAGUAUAUUAAAGUUCUUAAGAAGUUGUUACGUAGAUUGACAGAAACCUAAUAUCACAAUGAAAACCUACACGAUUUUCAUCCAGACUUAUAGAAAUUGAAUAGAUAUAAUAAUAUUAUACCAUGUAUGUCAAAUUUAAUCAAUAGUUAAACAUUCGAUUGUCAAACUCAAAUAGGAAGCCGAAGAUGAAGAAAAUCUUAAAGACACUUAUAUAAAUGCCAAUUUUAUCAAUGUAUUGGCUUUGUUUUCAUAUAUUUUAUAGCUUAUUAAUGGUAAGGAGAAAAUUAUAAUUGCCACCCAAGGUCCUUUGAAUUAAACCUUUUGGCAUUUCUGGAAAAUGGUGAUUUAAGAAGACUUGGCUAUGAUUGUGAUGCUUUGUAAUUUAAGAGAGAAUUAACGAGUAAUUUCACAUCCUAUCAUCUAGGCUUAAUGUGAGUAAUAUUGGCCAAAAAAUGUUGGCGAUUCAAUCGUAUUUGGAAAUAUUCAAGUUAACUUACUCAGUCAAGAUGAUUUAGGAAACAAUAUCAUUAAAAGAGUAGUUAAAGUUAACUCAGAAUUAGAAGAGAAGACAGUCAUUCAAAUUUAAUGGUGUGGAUGGCCUGAUUAAGGGGUACCUUCUCCUAGUGAUUUUGAUGUGAUGAGAGAGCUUUUGAAUAUGAUAAAUGAGAAACUAUAAUAAGAUUAAAAAGUAGUUUUUCAUUGCAGGUAAUUUCUAAUUUAAUUGUAUAGUGCUGGAGUAGGUCGUACUGGUACUUUAAUUGCUUUGGCUAAUUUGAUGAUAUUAUUAACAGCAUAUAAAUAAAGUAUUGGAGAGGACAAAUAAAGUAUUUAUUUGUUUAUUUUAUCUCAGAACUGGAAGAGAAUCCUGAACUUUAUAGAAUCUCAAUCUUUGGGAUUGUUCGUAGAUUAAGAGAACAAAGAUGGGGAAUGGUUCAUACUUCAGAGUAAUACAUAUAUAUAUAUAAAUUUAUCGAUGAGGCUAUCAAAUCUAUGUUUAACAUAUGA